CCCCGGCUCUUCGCAGGAAACCAGCCCCCCACCUGGAGCUCCCGAGAAGCCCUCGCACCUCUUCGCGUCGCGCCCGCCCGCCAUGGCCGACGGGGAGCCCCGGAGCGCCCCCAACCCUCUCCGGAGCGCGCCAGGCAGGGCCCCCCAACCCUCUCCGCACGGGCGACCCUCCUGAAAUCCCGCCCCGGAAAAACUUGCCUGGCUUUUUAUUCCCUUUCCCUUUCCUCCCUUCUCCCCUCCUGCGGGAGUUUCUUUCCAGGACCCCCUUUUUAACAAAACCUUUCCAAAACUUGGAUACCCCCAACCCCUCUCCAACACUUUUCCCCCCUCGAUCUGCAAAACAACUUUGGGGAGGGUGUAUUUUUUCAGGGUCCCAGUUCUCCCUCUCCUAAGACUCUCCCCAAACGCCAUCCCCUUCUUGCCCCCCCCCAUUUUAAGGAAUAUUUUUUACCAGCCCGAAGUGACCUGGAUUUAACUUUUUUAUCUCUCCCCCCCCCGCUUUCCACCUUGAGCCCCCUAACCUGGGGGCCAGGCUGGUGACCGCUGACUCCCUCCUCGCACGAAAUUGCCCUCCUGAAAUUCCGCUCUGGGAGAAGCCAAGGCUUAAUAAAAACAAUAAUCAUAAUGCUGUUGGUGAUCUAUUAAGGAGACAUUUUUGUGCCUGACUUCAACGCCGCCGUCUGGAAGGAGAGAGCGCCCCCAACCCGCGGCUGGCGGCCGGAGCCGUGCUUGGCCCCCCCACCUCACCCCUCCGGCCCCCCACCACGGACACCCCCACCGCACCCCUCUCCCCCCCUGCGGGGCGCUAUGGCCAUGGUGACCGGGGAAUGGGGCGACCCUAACGGAGGCGAGGCCAACGGCUUGGAGAAGGGCUACCCACGGCACUCCGAGGACGACUCGGCCUCCCCCCAGGGGGGCACCAGCGACCAGGAACCCCUCGACGACGACAAGCCGGGCAUCCAAGUGGACUGCGUGGUGUGCGGGGACAAAUCCAGCGGGAAGCACUACGGCGUCUUCACCUGCGAGGGCUGCAAGAGUUUCUUCAAGCGCAGCAUCCGCAGAAACCUCAGCUAUACUUGCAGGUCGAACCGCGACUGCCAGAUCGACCAGCACCACCGCAAUCAAUGCCAGUAUUGCCGCCUGAAAAAGUGUUUCCGCGUUGGGAUGAGGAAAGAAGCCGUCCAGAGGGGCCGGAUCCCUCCCACCCACUCCAGCGCCAGCCCCAACGCCCUGCCCAGCGGCGAGUACUACAACGGCCAGCCCGUCUCGGAGCUGAUUUCGCAGCUCCUCCGUGCCGAGCCCUACCCCACCGCACGCUUCAGCUCCCAGUAUGCCCAGCAAGGUAGCGUGAUGGGCAUUGAUAACAUCUGUGAGCUGGCGGCGCGGCUCCUCUUCAGCACGGUGGAGUGGGCGCGAAACAUCCCCUUCUUCCCUGACCUGCCCGUCUCGGACCAGGUGGCGCUGCUGCGGCUCAGCUGGAGCGAGCUCUUCGUCCUCAACGCCGCGCAGUCUGCCCUGCCGCUGCACAUGGCGCCACUGCUGGCCGCCGCCGGCUUCCACGCGGCCCCCAUGUCGGCCGACCGCGUGGUCUCCUUCAUGGACCAGAUCCGCAUCUUCCAGGACCAGGUGGAGAAGCUCAACCGGCUGCAGGUGGACCUGGCGGAGUACAGCUGCCUCAAAGCCAUCGCCCUCUUCACCCCAGACGCCUGCGGCCUCUCGGACCCUGCGCACGUGGAGAGCCUGCAGGAGAAAGCGCAGGUGGCGCUCACGGAGUACGUCCGCUCGCAGUACCCCUCGCAGCCGCAGCGCUUCGGCAGACUCUUGCUUCGCCUCCCCGCGCUGCGGGCCGUCCCCGCCUCGCUCAUCUCGCAGCUCUUCUUCAUGAGACUGGUGGGCAAGACGCCCAUUGAGACGCUCAUCAGGGACAUGCUACUCUCGGGAAGCACCUUCAACUGGCCCUACGGGACGGGGCAGUGAGGAGACGACGAGUGCGCGGAGUUGUCGGGAACCUGCUUUCCCGCCCCGCCCCCCCAUCUGCCCUGCUGGUUCUUGCGGCCGCCACACCGACAGCCUGGAUGUCCUCUGGCACCACCCGAUUCCCCCGGAUCGAGGCAGCGAACUCUGUGCAAUUUUUCCCCGUUUCAGGGGGUGGGCUGGGGGGACCACCCCAUCGGCUGUGACUGCCUCUACCCCCAACCCCAGUGCCAAGAGAGGGCCAGGGCGGGUGUCCAUUGGGAAUUUCUCCAUUUCCGUUCCAUUGCGGGCGCAGGAAAUGUAGCGCCCUUGGUUUUGUUUUCCUGGUUUCGUUUCGUUUAUCCACUCCGGCUUCAAGGAGACAGAUGGUUCCCCCGGAGGCUUUGCUGGGGGGCUUCUGCCCCCCAACUUCCUUGAUUCUUGGGCCUCAGAGAGGGGGGAGCCUGACCCCUCUCCUCUCACCCCCAUUUCUCUUGAUUCGCCUUCUGCUGCCUGAUGCCCCUCCCCAGAUGUUGUGGGGCACCCCCCAAGCCAGUGUGUCCAAGGAGUCUGGGGUGAUGGGGAGCCCCAAAGCAGCGGUGGACCGUGACUGAGGUGGAUUGGGCCCCCAGGGCGAAUUUGCAAGCUGUUUAGCCUGGAAGUAAGCCAGAUUUUCGCAAUCGAAACAGGGAGGUGUUUUGAGAGAAAACCUUUUGUUGCAAUGGGGUGAGGUGGGGGGGGGCUGUUACUUUGGGAUUCACCUAAUGUGCAAAUUUCCCAGAUGUCUGGGUGCAACCCUGCGUGGAACCAAGGCAGAUAGGAGAAUUUCCUUUCCCACAAGCAGAGAGCGGCUCUAGGCGCGUGCAGAAGGCCCCAGAUCCAGCCUCUGGCAUGUUCAGCUUAAAGGACCUGGGGGGGGGGCAGAAGACCCAAGCAGUUGCUCCCCUAGGUUACGUGGACUCAGUAUAACUUUCUGUGCUCCUGUUUAGAUCUGCCUGCAAUUCAGACGCAUGAGGACUAGAGUCUUGAUUCACUGCCAGUAACACUAGGACUAGAAUCUUGCAUUACUGUCGGGGUACUGCCAGCCUUCCAGGGUGAGGGCACAGCUCAGUGAUGGGACACCCCCUCUGCACCCUGAAUAAUAACAAUAAUUUAUUACUUAUACCCCGCCCAUCUGGCCGGGCCUCCCCAGCCACUCUGGGCGGCUUCUAACAGGAUAUUAAAAACACAAUAAAACAUCAAACAUUUAAAAACUUCCCUAAACAGGGCUGCCUUCAGAUGUCUUCUAAAAGUCAGGUAGUUGCUGUUGACAUCUGGUGGGAGGGCGUUCCACAGGGAGGGUGCCAGUACUGAGAAGCCCCUUUGCCUGGUUCCCUGUAACUUCACUUCUUGCAGUGAGGGAACCGCCAGAAAGCGCCCAGAGCUGGACCUCAGUGUCCAGGCAGAAUGAUGGGAGUAGAGACUGUCCUUCAGGUAUACUGGACCGAGGCCAUUUAGGGCUUUCAAGGUCAGCACCAACACUUUGAAUUGUGCUCGGAAAUUUACUGGGAGCCAAUCUAGGUCUUUCAGGACCGGUGUUAUGUGGUCUUGGCGGCCGCUCCCAGUCACCAGUCUAGCUGCCGCAUUCUGGAUUAGUUGUAGUUUCCGGGUCACCUUCAAAAGGAGCCCCGCAUAGAGCGCAUUGCAGUGGUCCAAGUGUGAGAUAACCAGAGCAUGGAGCACUCUGGCGAGACAAUGUGCAGGCAGGAAGGGUCUCAUCCUCCGUACCAGAUGGAGUUGGUAGACAGCUUCCCUGGACACAGAACUGACCUGCGCCUCCAUGGACAGCUGUGAGUCCAAAAUGACUCCCAGGCUGCGCACCUGGCCCUUCAGGGGCACAGGUAUCCCAUUCAGGACCAGGGAGUCCUCCACACCUGCCCGCCUCCUGUCCCCCCAAAACAGUACUUCUUGUCAGGAUUCAACCUCAAUCUGUUAGCCGCCAUCCAUCCUCCAACUGCCUCCAGGCACUCACACAGUGCUUGGCGUGCCUGAAGGGCCCCAAUAGCUCCUCCAGGUCGUAAACGACCCCUUUGCCCCCGAACCCUGGAGAGAAGCUGCCAGCCAGUGUAAGGCAACAUAGAGCUGGGUGUGGCUCGGACAAAGACACCUCCAAUUGCUCCUGCUUUUAUAAAUCGGCUCUUGAAUUAGACUCCAUGAGGACUAGAAUUUUACAUUAGGGGCAAGGACCAAAACUCAGAAAGACCCAGGGGUCUCAAAUGGGGUUAUGCUGUGAGAUGCCUCUUCCGGGGUCUCAGGGGCUCCUGGUCAGAGCGUAAAACACUGGGCUGGAUAAACAAGCUACUUGGACAACAAGUGUCCUUGGUCGCUGGCAGGUUCCCGUCCGCCACAAAGACGAGCCACAUUUUGACAUGCUCAGCACCGUUGCCCCCUUACUUGUGAUGGAAGCUGCCUGCCCCACUUCCUCCGUCCGCAGUGGGGGAAGUCCGCCUCGCCUGGGUGGCGCUCCCUCCAUGUUUGUUGAAGAUGCUAUGCAAAAUAGUUUUGAGCUGCAUGCAAUUUGAAAUAUACUGACGACUUUUAAAACACAGCGAUCUUCCUCUUUUCGCAACGGGAUUCCGGCUUCCUUUGCUGGUCGGAUCAGUUUUGACUGAGACACUAAAAAACGAAAACAACCCCCCUGCUGCUGUUUUUCUCAUGGAUCAUUCUCUUUCCUCCAGCCUGCAGACCUGCUCUAAGGAUCUCCGCUUGGCCUGUGUGUCCUCUCAGUGACGCCAGUAUGAAUUGCCCUCAAACCCAUUUUCCGGAUGGGAAAAACUGAGACCAGAGGACUAUUUCCCCCUGAAUUAUACAUGUCCAUGGGAGUGAUGUGCCUCUAACUCAGGUCUCCCAGAUCCAAAGUACCGGUUGUAAUCUAUGCAAGCUAUCCCCACCCCGCCUACAAAUUCUGCAUCAAGGAAAUUCAGAUUCUGCGCUUAGAAUAAAAUUAUGUUUUUGUUUUUUUAAAAAAUGGUGAAAAUCAGAUGUGUUUUUUUUAAAAUCCCAGUUGUAUGAUGUGAGGUUCCUGAAGAACAUCCCGGGUCAGGAAGGGCACAGGUGAAGGGUAAUAGAAUUGUAGGGUUGGCAGGGGACCAAAGGGUCAUCUAGUCCAACCCCCUGCAAUGCAAGAAUCACAGCUAACCCGAGCAGAGCCGGCCUGGCUGGGUGUGUUGAAUCUGCCACCUGACCCACACUGGCCAAUCCCAUACCCCCGAGCAUCAGAGGUAGACUGCGCUUCAAACUGGAGGCUCCAUUGAACUACCAUGGCUUAGAGCCGCUGCUACAUUGCCCCUCUUAUUCUUCAAGCCCCCCCCCCUGUAAGCAAAGUUCUUAAGAGGAAGUUUUCCCAGGGUCUCCAUGCAGAAAUGGCCUGGUCCGAUCUCCGAAGAGGCUGGACAGAGAACCACUGCCUGCCUGUGUUCAGUUGUGAGCACCUUCCUAUAUUCAUGUCUGUAGCAGCCCUUAGCUCAGAACCAUGAGUAUAGCAGGAGGUCGUCGUCCCCCGUUCCAUUUAAUCCCAGGUUUAUUCUCUGUCCGAAACUCACGGGCAGUAAUGACCUAAGUGGACCCAAUUUAAAACUAAAAACUAUGCACUUUGAGGUCUCUCUGAUUUCCACGGGAGUUUGGGUACCGCUCUUAAUUAAAAGCCAUAGAGAGAGAAAUGUCCCCCAAAAGUUUCGAUUCAGUGGGGCCCUUGGAUAAAAAUCCUACUCAUUAAUUCCCCCCCCCCCCGGUUCGUGGAAACCGGAUUUGGGUGUCCGGAUGGAAGGAGAGGGUGACUUGUGCCAACCAAAAUGUCGAAAAGAGGGGAAGGAACGGCUGUCGGGUUUGAUUUCGUUGCGGAUGCCUCCUUUUCUGAUUUGAUGCACAGCCAAUGAAACAAUAAAUAUUGUUUUUUCUUAGGAAAAAAAAGGCAGGCAGUGGUUGGUUUGUGUUUCUUGGAGGGGAAAGGGUUUGGAGGGGGUGGGGAGAAGUGGCGUCACUGUUUUAAGACGAUUCAGCACAGGUAAACUUUGCAGCACAAAGUUAAACUGUGGAACUCCCUCCCACAGGAGGCAGGCCAGGUGGCUUUAAAAGAGGAUUGGACAAAUUCACGGAGGACAAAGCUAUUUGGAGACAGUGAUGCUUCUGAACAACCAGCACUCCCACUUGCUAAUUUUAAUCCAAAGAAAGCCAACAUCUUUUGGGGAUCCUCUAGCUGUAAUUGCAGGGUGGGGGGUUGGUCUGGAUGACCCCUGGGGGACCCUUCCAGCUCUGCAAGUUGAUCUCAAACGGCUACAAAACACACCUGGAUCUCCACAGCCAGCAUUCCCCACUUUUAUUAAAGGAACUAUUAAAAACGCACACAUACACACAACUGUUUACCCCCCUCCCCAACCCCUCCGAAACCCCCAGCUUCCCCACACUCAAAUGGAUAAAUCCCCAAACAUGCAUAAAUGGGGGUUGUAUAUUUACAAUGCUGAAUGAGUCAGUAGAUGGAUCACUGGACGGUUCGCUUUGAACCUGCAUCAAUGGGAGUGAAUAUUCGGGAGUCUGCCGUCUGAUUGCUGGGGGUGUCUCUCUGUUUUGGAAUGGGACGCCCCCCCUACCCCCUAUUCACACUUUGACUUCGUAUUUUUAGUCUUGUGUGUGUCAAUCAAUUCCCCCAGGUCUGAGAGUUUUUCUCGCCGUUCGCUGCCGUGCCUUGCCAAAUUCCCCCACUGAGUUGAAGCUUGGCUAAGCAAAACCUUUCUCUGGAUUUUCUGUGCAUGUGAAAUCGCAAUGCCACCCUGCUUUUUCGGACAUGUGUCAAGAAUGUUCCGUCCCCCCCCCAAAAAAAGUUUUAUCAGCAGGUGCAUUGGUGUGCGGAGAUAUGAUGAAACUCCCAAGAUGCUGGGGAACAUUUGGAAUUUCCUAAGGAAGGCCGCUGAUGGGUUUCUCAGUACACCAGCUUCACUUGGGAAGGGAGAACCAGCUCUUUGAAAACCCGGCAGAAAUGCUGGCAAAAGAUUUCAGAAUUAUUCUUGGGUGCUGUUUAACUCCUUGCCGCUCAGGGAAGUGCGAAACACACAAUGGCAUGAAAUCCUAUCGUUUGGGGUGGGUGAGAGCUGAUUCAAGAUUCGCCUAAUCAUAGGGUUGUUGAGGUGGAAGCCACCCCUAAGGUCAUCGAGUCCAACCCCCAGCAAUGCAAGGAUCUUUUGCCCAACAUAGGGCUCGAACCCACGCUCUUAUCAAUUGAUAAUCCAGGCAUGGGAGAUCGGUGAGCCUCCAUCUUCAUCCCUGGGCUGCGUUCUGCACAAGCAAUUCCUCGAUGGCUAAUUUUGUACAGUGCUUUUUAAAGAGCACAAGUUCAGGGUUGCAACCAACUAUGCCUCCUUCGCGAAAGGGAUGGGAAUGGCCGACGUAGGACCAUUGACUUCAGUGGGUCUACUCUGAAUACAUGGGCGAUGGGAAAGGGUUGCGGCUCAAAGUCGGAGCACAUG